GGGAACACCUAACCCUCUCUAUCUCCAUUAUAGCCUUCUCUACUCUUCCCUCAUCUUCUUCGAAGUCGAAAACCAGAACCAACCAUUAGCGCUGAAGCAUCCAUCCCUUCUUUAUCUUCCUCAGCUUCUUGCGUUAGGGUUAGGUUAGGGUUUAUUAGUUCUUCUUUCAGAGCUUGAUUUCUCUCUUAAACCUAAACCUAACUUCUUUGUUCGAAUUCAAUCUCUCUCUUUCUCUCUUUGCCAAAACCCUAUUAUAAAUACCAAGUUAGACUAUUUUGAGGAAUCCUUGUCGACAAUGGCGUCUGCGGCUCAAAUUCACAUUCUCGGUGGUUCUGCGUUUCCAUCCCCUUCGACAAAGUCCGGUAUUGGGAAUGGAAGGUCUUCAAGAACUGUUUUCUUCGGACAGAGAUUAAAUGGCAGCGGCGCUUCGUUUGGGAUUCCACGGUCGGCUCUCCUGAAACUUAAGAGAAAUAGCAGGAGAGAAUAUGCAGUUGGUCCUGUUCGGGUUGUAAACGAGAAGGUUGUCGGUAUUGACCUUGGGACGACGAACUCAGCAGUGGCGGCGAUGGAAGGUGGGAAGCCGACAAUUGUUACUAAUGCUGAGGGUCAAAGAACGACGCCUUCGGUCGUUGCGUACACGAAGAACGGAGACCGACUUGUAGGGCAGAUUGCGAAGAGGCAGGCAGUUGUGAAUCCGGAGAACACCUUCUUCUCUGUGAAGAGGUUUAUUGGAAGGAAGAUGUCUGAGGUAGAUGAGGAAUCGAAGCAGGUUUCGUAUCGAGUGGUGAGAGAUGAGAACGGUAAUGUCAAGCUUGAGUGCCCAGCCAUCGGCAAACAGUUUGCUGCCGAGGAGAUUUCGGCGCAGGUAUUAAGGAAACUUGUGGAUGAUGCAUCCAAGUUUUUGAAUGAUAAAGUUACUAAGGCUGUAGUUACAGUACCUGCUUACUUCAAUGAUUCACAAAGGACAGCAACAAAAGAUGCUGGUCGGAUUGCUGGCUUAGAAGUUCUUCGUAUCAUCAAUGAACCCACUGCUGCUUCACUGGCAUAUGGGUUUGAAAAGAAGAACAAUGAAACCAUUCUAGUAUUUGACCUUGGAGGUGGAACAUUUGAUGUAUCAGUUCUCGAAGUUGGAGAUGGAGUGUUUGAGGUGUUGUCUACAUCAGGAGAUACACAUUUGGGUGGAGAUGACUUUGACAAGAGAAUUGUUGAUUGGCUUGCUGAGAACUUCAAGAGAGAUGAAGGCAUAGAUCUUCUGAAGGACAAACAGGCUCUUCAGCGUCUUACUGAGACAGCUGAGAAAGCCAAGAUGGAACUUUCAUCUUUGACUCAGACAAAUCUAAGUUUACCUUUCAUUACUGCAACUGCCGAUGGUCCGAAACAUAUUGAGACCACCCUUACAAGGGCCAAGUUUGAGGAGUUGUGUUCAGACCUGCUUGAUAGGUAUGCACUUCACCAUUUACCAAAUAUUAAUUAUUAUAUCACCAUCACUGGUGCUAGCACCUUGCCCUCUGAUGAGGUGGAAAGAAUGGUGAAGGAAGCAGAGAGGUUUGCUAAGGAGGACAAGGAGAAGAGGGAUGCCAUAGACACAAAGAACCAGGCAGAUUCAGUUGUAUACCAGACAGAGAAGCAACUGAAGGAACUUGGAGACAAGGUUCCUGCUGCUGUGAAGGAGAAGGUAGAAAGCAAGCUUGGAGAACUGAAGGAAGCAAUYUCUGGUGGGUCAACCCAGGCGAUKAAAGAUGCUAUGGCUGCGCUCAACCAAGAAGUAAUGCAGCUUGGGCAGUCCCUAUACAACCAACCUGGGUCACCUGGUGCUGGGCCUGCACCUGGUGGGGAGGCCGGGCCUUCUUCAGGAUCAGCUGGCAAGACACCUGAUGGUGAUGUGAUUGAUGCGGAUUUCACUGAUAGCAGUUAGAUAAUGAGAAGAAGAGGUUGAUAAUUCAUAAUUGAUGGUCGCACUUUAGCACGCUAUGGGUUUUUGUUCUUUCCCAUUAGGGUGUAUAUAUGAUUUUGAAAGUAUGGAUUGAUAUCGGGAUGAUUUCCUUUUUGUGUAUUUAUUUACGACUCCCCGAUUUUGGAAAAGAGGUGAAGGGUUGGAUAGAAAGAAUUAGUGGUGUUCAUUGUUCAGCUACGAGAAAUUAGACCCCAUUACUUUUGGACUUCCAUCAUUUAUCAGUUGCAUGGAGUCGUGCCCGAGUGUUGCCUGAUUUUUACA